UUGAGUAAUCUUCAGGUUUUCAUCCUCAAUAGCUUUCUUGGAACUGAUAACUUAUUCUAUGGCUUCCAUAUUUUGAAAGAUCUCCUCAACGGCCGAGAGUGGGAAAUCAGUGGUAACUUUCCUCGCGUGACGAUGUGCGAUUUCGAAGUUCGCGUACUAGGUAAUGUGCAUCAUCAUACCGUCCAAUGUGUUCUUAUGAUCAACAUGUUCAAUGAGAAGAUUUUCUUGUUUUUAUGGUAUACUGAGUUUCGGAUAUCAGUUUGGCUACCUAUUUACAUUUUCCAAAUGUGUUUUCAGGUUCUGGUAUUUCAUGGUUUCACUUGUAUCUGUGACAUCGAUGCUACACUGGAUUCUCAUCUCGUUUCUGCCUGGCCAGGCAAGUCAUGA